AUGGCGGAUAACGCUGCCGACGUGGCGGAGGAUUACCGACAGGCCCUGGAGGAUCUCACGGUCAACUCGCGGAUCGAGAUCGCCACUUUGACCAACAUUGCGCGAGAGAAUGCCAGCCAUGGGUUUGCCAUCGCCGAGGCACUGGCGAACCACAUUAAGAAGGUUCCGCCUGCACGCACACUCCCGGCCCUUUACGUCCUCGAUUCCGUCGUCAAGAAUGUCCCGACGCCGUAUGCGCUAUACUUUGGCCCGAAGCUCUAUUCGAUCUUCAUGGGCGCAUACACCAAGGUCGACAACUCCACGCGGCGUAAGAUGGAUGAGAUGCUGAAGACAUGGAAAGAGCCGGUGCCAGGAUCGAUUUCAACAAAACCCGUGUUCCCGCUGGAACAAGUCCGUCCCAUUGAGCAUGCCCUCAUGGCGGCCCGGAAUGCGGCCUAUGCGGCCCAACAGACCAGCUAUCAGGGACAACAGCAGCUGAUGCGCGGCCGGCAAGCCGCUCCCCCAAGGGACACACCCACUCCUCCGACGGGCCGGGGGUAUCCUCCACCAGGACAGCAGCACCAGCAACAACAACAGCAGCAGCAGCCCUCGUAUUCUGGGUCUAACGGACAGCAACGACAGGACGCGUCUCAGAAACAGUACCAGAACCAUCCGGCUAGCGGCCCGAAUGCCAUCCCUCACCGCGCAACUCCCCAGCCCACUCCGCCUAUCGGGAGUUACCCCCCUUACCAGCAGCCGGGCGCAGGCCCAGUCUAUGGCACUCCCAAGUCUGGAGGAAUAAGCAUAGACAAGUUGAAAGAUGAUAUCCAGCAACUGAUCGUUGCGGAGAAGGCGGAAUUUGCGAGUGAUCCUCUUGAUACUAGUAAACAGACAAGACUGAAGGCGUUGCUGGACUUGCAAACCAUAAUCCACAACCAAGAGAUGCCUCAGGAGCAGUUGAUGAUCAUAAGAGAUCGAGUUGCUGAACUUGCUGUAAACAUUCGCCCGCAGUCGCGGCCGCAGGUCCCGGCUACGGCUGCUGGUCCUGCUGCUGGCUCUGCCGGCCUAACCGGCCUUGGUCUUGUCGGGCCGUACAAUACCAAUGCCAACACUGCAACACCACCGCCGGCUGUGUCUCAGCAGUCGACGCCUAUGCCCCCUUCCGCAGCGGCUGUUAUUGCUGCUGCGUUAGGCCGUCCUUCAUCCGUCUCGUCUGCCCCGCCCGCAACAGGGGGAGUAGCACCAGCACCAGCAUCAACACCAGGUGUAUCUAUCGACUCGCUGUUCGGCCAAGGUGCCCUAGCCGCCCUCGUCUCGGGCGCUGCCCGGAAAUCAGUCACGCCCCAACAGACUCCCACACCACAGCCGCUUCCUUUUUCACAAGCUCCCGCUGCCGCACCAGCGCCGGCACCUACUCCCGCACCACCAGUUCUCGGGCCGGCUGCGGCAGCUGCUAUUGCCGCUGCGCUGCGGUCUCCUCCCCAACAGCAAGGACCGGCUGGACCGCCCAGGCCUGCAUCAGCUGCACCGGCUGCUCCGCCGUCGAAUCCAUCGGCUUUGUUGGCUAUGUUGAGGCAGUCUGGCCUGAUUAACUCCGGAGGGUCAACGCCGACGCCUUCUUCUGCGCUUGCUGGGCUCGCUGGACUUCCGUCUCUUGCUGGUGUUGUAUCGGGCAACCCUCAGCUUGGGGCUGCUUCGUUGAAGACUUUCCGCCCGCACGCCGUUUUCCGGUUAUACGAUGACCUCGGCCCACCGUGCUCGCAGUGUGGUCGGCGCUUCAGGACAGACGACGAAGGCCGCCGCAAGAAGACGGCACAUAUGGACUGGCAUUUCCGCGUGCACCAGCGUAUGAAUGAUGCCGAGAAGCGCGGCCAGCAUCGGAGUUGGUAUGUUGAUGAGCUGGACUGGAUCCGCACCCGCGAAGCCAUCGACACAGAUUACACCCACCCGGCCCCAGACCUCUCCUCCGCCUCCCUCUCCUACGACUCCUCCUCCUACAACUCCUCCUCCCACCACCAACACCACCACAACCCCUCCGGCUCCCAGCCCGGUACUUUCAACCACUUCCAGCCUUCCGCUCCCGGCGCAUCAUCCUCUUCGACGUCCACCGGCGGCCCAUCCAACAUCCCCUACCUACCCGUCCCCGAGGACUCAGCAGCACGCGUAAACGGCGCGUGUCCGAUCUGCCAAGAGAAAUUUGAGAUGAAGUGGCUGGAUGAGGCGCAGGAGUGGGUGUGGAUGGAUGCGGUACGGGUCGGGGGGAGGGUGUUUCAUGCUAGUUGUUACCGGGAGGCGUAUGGAGCUGGUUCACAACCACAACAACAGCAGGGGGUGAAGAGGAAGGCUGAGGAGGAUGUGGGUGGUUUUCGAGGGAAGAUUAAGACCGAGGGGUAUUGA